AUGUGGCAUCACGGGUUCCACAUUCGUCAUUUACGUGUUCAGUUUCUUGGUACGGCGCCCGCGGCAAAGACCUUCAUGACCGUGACCAUUGCGUUGCCUUCAGCGGUAUCGUAUGUUUGUCCGUUCAUCUUCUCCCUGAUCAUGGCCCUGGCGAACCUUGGCCUGAUGACGCAGAUCGGCUACAUGAUGCGGAACAGCCUCGGGGCCUACUUCUGGUGCUCGGGCAAGCGGCUGCAGUUCAUCCAGGAGGCCCUGUCCGCGAUCCGCUUCGUCAAGGGCUGCGGAGCCGAGAGCGUGGUCACCAAGAGGAUGGAGGACUACCGUAAGGUGGAGCUCAAGUCCCUGGACAAGUUCUACACCAUCCAGUGCUUCAUGUUUGUGCUGUCCCAGCAGUUCCCGAAGCUGUACCUCCUCGGGAGCCUGGCGGGAUACUCCCUGUUCCACAAGGGCCACAUGGACCCGAGCCUCCUCAUGUCGCUCAUCCCGCUUCUCUUCUCCGUGCAGGGGGCCAUCGGCGUGGUCUUCAGCCUGGUGCCGUCGCUGGUGAUGGCUCUCCCGUCGUGCCGGCGCCUGGAGACGUUCCUCAAGCUGCCGGAAGCGCCAAAGGUGCCGUCGCUGUCCCACCAGACGCCCAAGGGCGCGCCAGCCCUGCUCGACGCGGCGGCCCCCGUGGAGCCCUCCGUGGAGCCAGGCCCCGCCACGACGUACCGGCUGCAGGGAGACUUCAGCUGGAGCGAGGUGGGCAAGGCGUCCCUGCAGGACAUGGACAUCUACGUCCCGACGGGCGCGUUGGUGGCGGUGGUGGGUCCGACCGGCUGCGGCAAGACCACCUUCAUGCACGCGCUCCUGGGCGAGCUCUACGCCAGGGACGACGCCAGGAUGGAGGUGCCGGCGAGGGUCGCCUACUCCGCGCAGGUUCCCCACAUCUUCGAGGGGUCCCUGAGGGACAACAUCCUCAAGGGCGACGCGUACGACUACGCGCGCUAUAAGGAGGCGCUCCACUCCGCGUGCCUGCUGCGCGACCUCGAGGUCCUGCCCGGCGGCGACCAGACUCUGGUUGGCGGGCGUGGAAUCACCAUCUCCGGCGGGCAGAAGGCGCGCAUCUCGCUCGCCCGCGCCGCCUAUGACACGGGGGACCUUGUGCUGCUGGACGACCCCUUCGCCGCGCUCGACGCGCACACCUACCAGCACCUCUGCGAGAAGUACCUCCGCGGCCCGCUCAUGGAGGGGCGGACCCGCAUUAUCAGCUUCCAGCCCGACAGCGAGCGCCUGCAGACCUUCGACUGGAUAGUGGUGCUGGACAAGGGCCGCGUGGCCGUGCAAGGCCCAGCCAAGGAGGUGCUCAAGACCGAGGAGUACCUGAGCCUCCUGUCGACCAGGGAGUUCAGCAACAUCGGCGAGGAGGAAGAGUGCCAGACGGUUACGCUGGGCAAGAUGGGCAGCGCGGACCAGGUGCGCGACCUGCGCGAGGAGGAGUGCGAGGCCCUGGCGGCGAGGCGCUGCGCCGAUGCAUGCCCGAAGGCCCGGCAGUUCUUCGGCAGUGGGCGCGACGAGCACGACGGCGAGGGUGACGAGGGCGACGGCGAUGGCGAGCCGGGAUGGAAUUCUUUCAGGGUUGAGUUCAUUGCCAUGCCGCUGCACAGCGAUCUAGUGUUCCUGCCGGUUCCUGCCGACUGA